GAUGGCUGCCAGGAAAGCAUUUGACAAAUUUUUCAUACACUACCCGUAUUGCUAUGGUUACUGGAAAAAGUAUGCAGACCUUGAAAAGCGACAUGACAACAUUAAACAAUCAGAUGAGGUGCGUACAUCAGUGAAUACAGUUUUCUCUGUUAGGUACUGUAAGCCAAUUAAUAACAAACACUCUUUUUUCUCUGGCUGGCAGUACCUACCAUUUAUGAUCAGACAUUUUUUAUAGGGUAUUUUAUUUGCAUUUGUCACUAUUGUGGCAUUUGUAGCUAAUGUUUUCUCUCUUUGUUGGCAGGUGCGUUAACCUCUACAGUUUGUCAAGCUUUGCAGUGCAAGCCUCUGUAUUACACUGCAGCUUAACAAACGCUGUCAUUGAUGCUCUAAUGGGUCUGUGCCCUAUGGUCUGUAACCCAAAGCCUGCCCACACAACCCGGUCAGAAUGCAGGGACUGCUGCGCUUUGAAGAUCAAGACUCUGCACGUGGGGAUCAGAACAUUGCCAUGUUCUAUCCAACCUCCACCCAAAUGGUUUAUCGACGGGGGCUUCAGGCAAUACCUCUUAGUGUUGAUCUUUGGAUCCAUUAUAUAAACUUCUUAAAAGAAACAUUGGACCCUGGUGAUCCUGAGACGAACAGUACAAUAAGAGGAACUUUUGAGCAUGCUGUUCUAGCUGCAGGAACAGAUUUUCGAUCUGACAAACUAUGGGAAAUGUAUAUAAACUGGGAAAAUGAACAGGGAAAUCUGAGAGAAGUUACAGCUGUGUAUGAUCGGAUUCUUGGUAUUCCAACACAGCUGUACAGUCAUCAUUUUCAGAGAUUUAAAGAACAUGUACAGAAUAACUUGCCUAGAGAUCUUUUAACUGGUGAACAGUUCAUUCAGUUGAGAAGGGAAUUAGCUUCUGUAAAUGGACACAGUGGUGAUGAUGGACCUCCUGGUGAUGACCUUCCAUCAGGAAUUGAAGACAUAACUGACCCAGCAAAGCUAAUUACUGAAAUAGAAAACAUGAGACAUAGAAUCAUUGAAAUUCAUCAAGAAAUGUUUAAUUAUAAUGAGCAUGAAGUUAGUAAGAGGUGGACAUUUGAAGAAGGUAUUAAAAGACCUUAUUUUCAUGUGAAACCUUUGGAAAAGGCCCAACUAAAAAACUGGAAAGAAUACUUAGAAUUUGAAAUUGAAAAUGGGACUCAUGAAAGAGUUGUGGUUCUCUUUGAAAGAUGUGUCAUAUCUUGUGCCCUCUAUGAGGAGUUUUGGAUUAAGUAUGCCAAGUACAUGGAAAACCAUAGCAUUGAAGGAGUAAGGCAUGUCUUCAGCAGAGCUUGUACUGUUCAUCUUCCAAAGAAACCCAUGGCACAUAUGCUUUGGGCAGCUUUUGAGGAACAGCAGGGGAACAUUAAUGAAGCCAGGACUAUCUUGAGAACAUUUGAAGAAUGUGUUCUAGGACUGGCAAUGGUUCGAUUGAGAAGAGUAAGUUUAGAACGACGGCAUGGAAAUAUGGAAGAAGCUGAACAUUUGCUUCAAGAUGCUAUAAAGAAUGCCAAAUCAAAUAAUGAGUCAUCAUUUUAUGCUAUUAAACUAGCCCGACAUCUUUUCAAAAUACAAAAAAAUCUUCCAAAAUCAAGAAAGGUACUUUUGGAAGCAAUCGAAAGAGAUAAGGAGAACACAAAGUUAUACCUCAAUUUACUUGAAAUGGAAUACAGUUGUGAUCUCAAACAAAAUGAAGAAAGUAUCCUCAAUUGCUUUGACAAGGCCAUUCAUGGUUCAUUGCCUAUUAAAAUGAGAAUUACAUUUUCUCAGAGAAAAGUGGAAUUCCUUGAAGAUUUUGGUUCAGAUGUUAAUAAGCUUCUGAAUGCAUAUGAUGAACAUCAAACACUCCUAAAGGAACAGGAUUCUUUAAAAAGGAAAGCUGAAAAUGGUUCAGAAGAACCAGAAGAAAAGAAAGCACACACAGAAGAUAUGUCAUCAGCACAAAUCAUUGAUGGGGAUUUACAGGCAAAUCAAGCUGCAUAUAAUUACAGUGCCUGGUAUCAGUAUAAUUAUCAGAAUCCUUGGAAUUAUGGACAGUAUUAUCCUCCACCUCCAACCUGAUGGAAAAAAUGUAAAUUUCAGAUUGGUUAUAUGAGAAAUGUGGAAUUAUUUUUUUUGAAGGAUGUAAACAUAGCAUAAGCUUGUUGUAUUUGAUAAUUUGUCUUCCCAGUUUCUGUGUAACAUUUGUUUAGUUAAGAGUAGAAAAUGUCAAUUAGUAGUAUACUAUAGAAACUUUUCCUACCAUUUUUAAAAUUUACUUUUUAUUGGAGAACUUUUUUUUUUAAUUUUUAUUUUAUUUUACUUAAGUGGUCUAGAAUUCUUUUGCAGCUAACGCAAGAGAUUUGUAGCCUUAAGUGUAGGGA